AUGGGCAGUGAUGCGACUGGCAAGCAGAGGAUAUACGUGAGCCGCAGGAGUAGUGUUGGAUUGGUAGUGUGA